AACACCACUCGCAUCCGUCGCCAUGGCGCCUGUCAAGCCGUCCGUACGGCAGUUCAGCGCGUGUUUUCGGUGCGUGCGCGGCGAUGCCACGUUCAAUGGCGCGCCUCGCCGCUUCUUCUCCUCCUCGACAGCUGCCCGCGAAGAGCUGCAGACAUCCUCGACUCCACCACCUCCGCCUCCGCCCGCCUCCACCCCGGGAGAUUCCGCGAAAGAUGCGGCCGCACCAAAGGAGACUCCCGAAUACAUGAAGCAAUGGGGUGAAUUGGACCCGAACGCUGUGGAGCUGAAGCGCGACGAGCGUCGUCUCAUCCGAAGAGAAGGAGUCCAGCCAAUUGGGUCUCGACGUCGCCGUGCCAUCAUCGCUCGCGACUCGGCAGCGAAGGCUGAGCAGAUCCCUUUUGAGCAGCUCCCGUACCAAUGCUUCCAGGAGGCCCGAAAGGUCUUGCUGGCGGACCGCGAGGAGAAGCUGAAGGACAUCAAGACGCAGAUCAUGAGGAUAGAGAAUCUGAAGGCUCAGGACCCGGCUGUGAGCGGGGGCGAAGCCAAGAAGGCGACGAGGCUGCGGAGCAUGCAGAACCACCUGAACGACCUGAUUGUCCUUGCUGACAUCAACGACCCAAUGGUCAAGAAGAAGUUUGAGGAUGGAGAAGGUGAUAUGAACAAGCCCAUCUACCGAUACCUGGCCGAUCAGAAGUGGCGCAAGUGGAAGCGUCUCGUUCUCGAACAGCGUGUAGAGCAGUUCAAUCUCGUUCCCGAUCUCCUGCCCGCCCUCGAUCCCAUUGCAGAUGUCGAUCUUGCGUUUGGUCGAAAGAACAUACCUAUCGGCGAUUUCGUCGAUUCAGCCAUCAGCGAGAACCCGCCGCGUUUGAACGUGCAGACAUUUGAGCGAGGCCAGAAGCUGGUCACGGUGGUAGUGGUAGAUGCCGAUGUGCCCCUUCCGGAGAAAGACAAGCUCACCUACCGGUGCCACUUCAUCGCUUCCAAUAUUCCUAUUGCGCCUGACCAAACAUCCAUCCCGUUGAGUCGCAUCCAGCAGCAGUCUCGAAAGACUGAGAAUGUGGAAGAGCAGCAAGUAGCGUUGGAGUGGAGCCCGCCGUGGGCUCACAAGGGCGCGCCGUACCACCGCCUAGCUAUCUUUGUGUUGGAACAGCAGGACGCGAAGGCACUGAACAUCUCACGGAUCAAGGCAGAGAAGAGGGACGGCUUCAUCUUGCGGAGUUUCGUCGAUAGGAACAAGCUGAAGCCCAUUGGUGUAACUUUGUUCAGGACCAAGUGGGACGAGAGCAUGGAAGGUGUCAUGAUGAGAAAUGGUCUGGAGAAGGAAGUCAACGUUGAAUUCAAGCGCAAGAAGAUAGAACCGCUUCCGUACAAGAGAAGGACGGAACGCAUGCGGUAGUGGAAGGCAAAGCUGCGUGUACGGUAAGCGCGACUGGAAGUGUUCUAUAAGUGUACAACACCACAUACCUUCAAUGUAUCAUACCAUGAUUCGGCAUUUGUGCUGAGCUGCAAAGUAUCGUUCUCUGCGCGGGUAUGUUGGACCGGAGUGCUCCUUCCACUAACCGCUCCCCACGCUCCUUCCUAUGUCCAC